GUGGUUGCGCAUCAAAUCGUUCGAUAUAGGUCAGUCAAAUGGACCAUGAAGCGCCUGGCGCGCACCAGCCGGCGUCAGAACGGGCCCAAGAUUCUAGCCUUCCCGCAGACGCUUCGUCCAGCAGGCCGUCUGCGGACUCAAUUGGCGAAGCGCUUCUGGCAAAACGAAGAGCUCGACCGCAGAAGGUGUGCCGCCCUUGUCGUCUUCGAAAGGUAAAAUGCAGCUACGAAAUCCCGUGCCAGACCUGCAUCGAGCGGGGCCACCCGGAACUCUGCCAGUACGUUGCGGAUCCACCCGCCAAACGCGUUGCCGUCGAGUCUUCAGCAUCGCGCGCCGGCGACGCGGAGCAGUGGGCGCCAUCGAAGCAGGAAUGGGAUGCGCUUCAGCAGCGGCUCGUCAACAUCGAGAGCUUGCUCGUCGAACUCAAGGAAGCCAAGACCAGCACUGGUGCCAAGUCACGCCGGUUGGGUCAGAGCAGGCUCGAGGCGGACGAGGACAGCAGCGUGUCUGAUACUACAGUCAACCCGGCGAUCCUUGCCAAACGAGGUUUCAGUGAUGAUGCCGUUUACUUGGGAGGCAAUUCCGUCCCUGCCAUGGUCACGGCUCUGGCCAACGAGCAGCACAGCGACCUGGAGGUGCAGAACCUGCUGAGCAAAAGUGUGUUGCCCAUUUUCGGCUUGGACAAUGAUUCUGCAACGUACCCGUUCGUCGACCUAUGGGGCAUACCGCACGGCUCCUUUCAGCGCAUCGAGCUGCUGUGUAAGCUCUUGCCCGCAACCGACGGCGAGUGCAUCCGGAUCUUCAAGCUGUACCGAGACACUCCACACGUCAUAUUUCCCGGCGUCGUGGACAUUGCAGAGUUCGAGAGCGACCUGCUCGACUUCUUGAGGACGCGUGCGACUACCUCGCUUACCCUAGGCGUUGGACCACUGGCAACGCAGGUGGUGUUCGGCAAAAGCCUGCAUUGGCUGGGACUGUUGUUUGCCAUACUCGGCUCGGGGAUUCAGAGCUCCGAGCUGCCUCGCAAAGAAAGACAGAUGAAGUCACAGGUUUAUGUCUGCUGUGCAUACGAGUGCCUUCGAAUAGUCAAUUAUUACACGCAAACGACAUUAGAGGAUCUACAAAUAUUACUCGUCCUUGGGAAAAUAAUAUCUAAUAAUAUGAAUGCUGGAACAUCUUGGUCGCUCUUGGGCCUCACGAUACGACUUGCUCAGACUCUGGGUCUGCACUACGACCCUCCAUCCACAGAUCCUAACUUGCCGCAAACAAAACGUAGCAGCGUUUGGUGGCAGAUUGUAUGGCAGGACAGUUUGUUGUCAAUUACCUUUGAUAGGACAUCUCCGACUACGAUUGUAGCUCAUCAGAGUUACGCUGAGCCCACCCGAGAACUUUCUUAUCUUGAUUGUAUGCGGCGUUUGUGCAAGAUUGGUCUUGACAUUGUGCAGGAGAGGUCCGUUCCAAGGCACGCAAGCCAUCGUCUCCAGCGAUUAGUUGAGUUAAGGGACCAGAUACAGCGCGACUGGAAGCACGCAAAACAACAUCUUCUCGACAUUGCAAAAUGUCGUUCUGAGCGUGACAUGUUGGAGUACUGGAACCUUUAUCUCCACCGCUCGUUCAUCCUCUCUGAGCUGUGCAGACCCUCGAUUCAGUCGAAGCGUCGGAGUCGCGAGAGCCCGGAACUGCUGAUGAAGUUCCGAGAGAUGUGCAUCGAGAAUCUUGCGAAUACCGUCGACGCCUUUCUUGGGUUGCAUAACAUCACCAGAUUUGCAAUGCAGUCAUGGGCCGCCGUGCAUCGUGCCCUGAGUUCAGCUUUGCUGCUUGGAAUACUUGGCGAAGCUUUGAAGAACGCUCGCGUCCAAUCGCUGCUGACACGACUUUCCACUCUAAUGUCAGAUGUCGUUCUCAACAUCGACCCUAGCGAGAUGUCUGCCCCUUUGGCCAGAUCGGUAGAAGCCCUAUCGAAGCUGGCAGCGCCUCCGCAACCACCAAACACAUCGCGUAGCAUGUCGUCCGACUCCAUGUCCGGAUUCAUGCCAAGUCUAGGAAUGCAUUCUGACGUGACCGGCCCUGGAUCUUUACAGUCCUCCCCCGACACAUCACUGUUGGACGAGGAUUCGCCCUUCUCAAUCCUAAACACUAUCUUCUGGGGGGCCCCUCACUCUGCUACCGCUAUGCCACCUUUGUAAGCUUCCGUGCGCUUACAACAGCACGCAUAUGGUGUUUGGCUUUUGCCGGUCUUGACAGGACACGUCUAGCCGCAGAAGUAUUAGUCCAUUAGUUGGCAACGUGUGAUCCCGAACUUGAGACUCCGCCCGCUCGAAGCAGCCGUCAUUCUCGCCAGUCGUUUUGCAGCAUGAUGUCUCGAAGAACGUUGUUUUCUUGCAACAACAAAUCUCUUUCCUGCUCAAGUUGCUUGAUGUAAGACGUUGCACUGGUAAGGAUGCCGACCUUGGUCAUCUGAGCGCUGGAGAUCUCUGCGCCAAUCUUUGCGGAGGAGACUUGAGGCACCACUCCCUUCAGACCGUUAAGAGCGUCGCUCACCGAGUCGCGAUACUUUUUCUCGAUUUCGUUGUGCGUCUUGCGGUUCGAGGUCGCUUUGCGACCGCUGCGGUUGCGGACACGUUUGGGCGCAGAUUGCUUGCUUGUAGAGGGCGUAUCGAGAGAUGUGUCUUGUAUGGUUAGAGGAGGGUAGUCAUCCCACGCAGGCUGUGUAGCUGUAUUGUAUCUUGUCGUAAAGAGGAUCUCAUUUGUUGGCCAGCAUGCGGUAACGAAUUGCUCCGUUGUCAAAGCCAUGAUUGUCCGCUUCAACCAACGGACCACAGGACGAAUUAGAGGCCAACAGAAAGUGCUGCGGCGUAUCCGGGUCCACGCGUGCAGCUUCAGAAGUGCACAGAAUUGAUACGUGAG